GUCGGAGUUUUGCAACAAUAAUAUAGUGUUCCCGUCGAUGAAUUAUAAACUCGCCGAGUAGACUGCACAAUGGAUGUUGUCACACUCGGACCGUCGUUCUCGCUUAUACUGAUGCUCUCUCGUCGUCUGCCAGCUAUUGGCAUAUACAGGUACACACACCGCGGAGAGAGCGAUGCAUAUACACGCGCAUAGCUCUGGCAUUGCUUGCAUGGCUGUGUGCGCGGAUAUUGAUGAUUUUCGCGCGAUUCGGCUGGAAAUUCGAUUUUGGCCGACAAAAGGGUGAUGCAUCUAUAAUUGUAUGCAGUUUCAGAAUCGGGAAAUAAUUCCUUAUUUGCAUCAGUCCACGGUUAUGGGUUUCGGCGACUCGACGUGAAAAUUUGUAAAGUACCGUACCUUUAAAAGUGACGUCACGCUCGUGAACACAUGGACUCAUUAUGUAUAUAUAUGUACCUACCUUGAAGCGCCGAAGAAAUACAGCUUGAUAUAACCUCUACGAACUGACCAACAAUAUACAACUCGGUCCGCAUGUGCACCCUCAAAUUUUCAAACAAUUGGAGUUGCAUUCUAUUAUUUUAGAAAAAUGAGUAACAGUAGUCGAAAAUUACCAAAUAUUCUAGUUACUGGCACCCCUGGUGUUGGUAAAAGUGAACUGUCACGAUUAUUGGCAGAGCGGACUGGAUUUGGUUGGUUGGACGUGAGCAAAUUAGCUAUAGAACAUAAAUGUUUGGAGUCCUUUGACGAGGAAUAUCAGUGCCCUGUUUUGGAUGAGGAUAAGCUCUUAGAUUUAAUGGAACCGAUGAUGGCAGAGGGAGGAAAAAUUGUUGAUUACCAUGGAACAGAUUUUUUCCCAGAAAGAUGGUUUGACAUUGUAUUUGUUUUGAGGACUAAUAACACAAUUUUAUACGAUCGCCUUGUAGCUAGAGGCUACAGUGGCAAAAAACUAGAAGAUAAUAUUGACUGUGAAAUAUUUCAAACACUUUUGAUAGAAGCAAAAGAAUCGUACAAAGAAGAAAUAGUUCAUGAACUACAAAGUAACAUACCUGAACAGACCAUAGAUAAUGUGAACAGGAUAUGUCAAUGGAUAGAACAGUGGAAAUUAGAUAAUCAAUAAAUUAGAUUUUAUAUAAACUA